UCAAUUCAAACCAAGUAUUUAUGAAAAUACAAAAAACAAACAUCAGAUUUGAAAUCAUGAAAACAAAAUCAAAAUUAAAUGGUCAACAAGAAAGUCAGGGAGAGUGCCCACGGAUAAUAGUUUUUGAGCAUGAGAUCUGAUGGAAACCAGCUCCGUUCCCCCACCCGCCUUCCUUCCAAUCCACAAACCUCUGUGCGAUUGGUUAUAGUACCAACUACCUAGCUCUCUCUCUCUCUCUCACUGUUACUUCAGCUCUGGUCCCAUCCGGAAUUCUCCGAGCAGGAGGCAUAACGCACACCACAAAGCAUAUUUUCCUGGAGAGCGUUUCUGAAUCAACGUUGAAAUUGGCGCAUUGUCUUCAUCUUCACUACCAAAAUCCGUAUCAAUGCCUAUUAUCAGGAGCACAACCUGUGAUAUGAGAUCGAGGUCCCACCGGGUGUUACAGGACGGUUCGGUGGAGCUGGUGGUCACCGAUGGCCUGAAGCAGAGCUGCUGGGCCAACAUACCACAGGAGCUUCUCAGAGAAGUGUUGGCCAGAAUCGAAGCAUCCGAAAGCUCUUGGCCUGCUCGCCGGAGCGUGGUGGCUUGCGCCGGUGUCUGCCGCACUUGGAGGUUCAUCACUAAGAGCAUCGUCAACACGCUUCAAGUUUCCUCGAAUAUCACCUUCCCCAUCUCUGUUAAGCAGCAUGGCCCGAGGGAAAAUCCCCUCCGGUGCUUCAUAAAGCGCAACAGGUCAACCCAGACAUAUUGUUUGUUUCUCAGUUUAACUAACGCAUUAAGUGAUGAUGAUGGGAAGUUUCUUCUGGCAGCACGCAAGUGUAGACGUGCCACCUGCACAGAUUAUAUCAUCUCUCUUGAUGCUGAUGAUGUGUCAAAGGAAAGAAACACUUGUGUUGGGAAACUGAGAUCAAAUUUUCUGGGAACGAAGUUCACAAUUUAUGAUGCCCAAUCACCUCACAAAGGGGCAAAGACUACAAAAAGCCGCUCCGCUAGACUGGGAAAUCUAAAUCAAGUUUCACCCAAGGUUUCUACUGGUAACUGUCCAGUGGCACACAUAUUAUAUGAAUUAAAUGUGCUAGGCUCCAGGGGCCCAAGGAGAAUGAAAUAUGUCAUGGACACCACUCCUGCCACUGCAAUUCAACCAGGAGGGGUGAGACAAGCUGCACAGACUGGGUUUUCUCCGACCAAUGUUGAAAAAGUUCCAUCAUUCCCAUUUUUUAGGUCAAAAUCAAAUAGGGUUGAGAACUGUAAAUCUAGAUCCCGGGGCAAUGAUGAGGCACUAGUGUUAAUAAGCAAGCCUCCAAGGUGGCACGAGCAGCUCCAAUGUUGGUGUUUGAACUUCAAAGGACGAGUGACAGUUGCUUCAGUUAAGAACUUUCAGCUGGUAGCUUCCCCAGGAAAUGGACCUUCUGGAGCAGAACAUGAGAAGAUCAUCCUCCAAUUUGGAAAAGUAGGGAAGGAUUUGUUUACAAUGGAUUACCAGUACCCCAUCUCAGCAUUUCAGGCUUUUGCAACCUGCCUCAGCAGCUUUGAAACCAAAAUUGCUCGUGAAUGAUGCAUGUUUCAACAAAUAUUCUUUAGCAAGACCAAUAGCACACUGGCCAUGGUCGUUUGGCAGAGCCAUGCUGUGCCUGGGAAGUGUCUUAAGACUGAAUUAGUUUUGCUUGGAGAACUUAUAGCAUAGAUGAUAUUGAUAACUAAUAGAAAAAGAUCGUUAGUCAAGGGUCUAAUUUUUUUCCUGCGCUGUGUUUUCUUCCUUGUACAGUUUUGCAGGUUGCCAGUUGACGAUGUUUAGUGGUUACUUCUUGUUCAUGCAUCUGGUGCUGUAAGGUUUAGGAUUACCUGGUGGGAAGUGAGUUGAUAGAUUUGUAGAUUGUAAUUGGACGCAGUAAAAAGGGAUUGAUGAGAUCAGGAAAGAUCUCGUGAAAUUAGAAUGAUGUUUUGGAACUUCCCUUUUCUUCCACACGUGUAUCCUGUUCACUUUGCACAUAGGUUCAAGUUUGUUGUC